CUCUGCAUCUGAGUGUUAUCUUCGAAAAAGCUAGUAUUUAAGGUGUACGUUUAUCGUCACGUUUAAAAGUACUGUCGAACUGUUCGACGUCUCAGUCACCGGUCAGCCAUCGAACUGUGAACACCUCUUUCUAAGGAAAUAAGAAUUAAUUAAAUAAUCAAAAAUGGCGAAAGUCAAAGUGCAGCAGGGUUGGUUGUCUGGGGCACUGCUGGAAACUGUCACGGGAGAAGGAACAUACUAUAGUUUUAAAGGCAUCCCAUACGCUCAACCACCGCUGGGCAAGCUUAGAUUCAAGGCUCCGCUUCCCCCUUUGCCAUGGGAAGGAACACGAAGUGCUUUAGAGCAUGGUCCCAAAUGCAUUCAGCAGUCAGUUCUGACUGGAGCCAUUGAGCACGGCAGCGAGGACUGCUUGUACCUAAAUGUGUACAGCCCAGAUAUAAAACCGAUUCGACAGUUGCCAGUUAUGGUGUUCAUCCACGGAGGAGGAUACAAAAGCGGUUCAGGAGAUGAUGAUAACUACGGACCAGACUUCCUAAUGCCCCACGGUGUGAUACUCGUAACCUUCAACUAUAGGUUAGAUGCACUAGGCUUCUUGUGCUUAGACACUGAAGAUGUACCCGGGAACGCUGGUAUGAAGGACCAAGUUGCGGCUUUAAAAUGGGUGAGAGAUAAUAUCGCUAACUUUGGAGGAGAUCCUGACAAUGUCACAGUUUUCGGUGAAAGUGCUGGUGGUGCAUCCACUUGCCUACAUAUGAUAUCUCCGCUGUCGAAGGGACUUUUUUCUAAAGCUAUUUCGAUGAGUGGUGUGCCAAUGAAUGAUUGGAGUAUAGCAUUCAAGCCACAAAAACGCGCAUUUAUGCUCGGCAGAGAAUUAGGUCUUGAUACAAACGACCCUAAUGAACUGUUGGAGUACCUGCAAAGCCUUCCAGUAGAGAAACUAGUGGGCACCAAUCCAGUCAUAUUAUCGUUUGAAGAAUAUAACAAUAAUCCGUUUAAGUUUUUCCACUUCACUCCAGUUGUAGAAAAAAACUUUGGCAAAGAACAUUUCCUGACAGAAGACCCGCUGGAGGCAUUGAAAAGUAAACGAGUUCAUGAUGUAGAUGCUUUAAUUGGCCACACGAGCGUAGAAAGCGCGCUUGGAAUCGCUUUCUUUGAACAAGGGAUAUUAAAACAAUAUGGCCGCUACCCAGAACUGCUAGUCCCAAGAAAGAUUCUAACAACGAGUACACCGGAGAAGAUUUUGGAAAUAUCAGAUAGGAUACACGAGUAUUUUUUCAAGAGGCAACCAAUUGACGAGAAACUAAUGAAAGAAUUUGCCUACUACGCGAGCCAGGCCUGCUUCGUCUAUGAUGUUCAUAGGUUCAUUGACCACCUACCCAAGGUUGGUACUGGGAGAAGGUACUUGUACAAGUUUUCAUGUGUGUCUGGUAGAAAUGUCUACAGUAUGGCAGGUCUGAAGUAUGGUAUCAAAGCAGCUGCCCAUUUGGAUGACUUGAUGUACUUACUGCACGCGAAGGCACAUAACUUGAAACUUGAGAAAAAUACUAAGGAGUAUGAGCUCGUUAAUUUAGUAUGCACCGUAUUUACGAACUUCGCUAAGUUUGGGAAUCCGACACCAGACCCAUCUCUUGGUACCAUCUGGCCAGAAUACACCACCUCUACUAAAGCAUACGUGGAUAUAGAAGACACCCUCGUUCAGAAGACUGAACCAGAGGCAGAAUCCCUGGCUUUUUGGAAGACCAUCUUUGAAUAUGCUGGACUGGAAUUCUAAGAAGAUUUAUUGCUAAAGAGGAUUCUAGAACUAUUAAUGUAGACGAAGAAGACUGCUAGAUUGUUUUGUUUGACUGAUGCGUGUUUAGAAUCGAUGUUUGAAGUAAUUUUCUCAAAUUCAUGUUGAGUUUGGGUAAUAUAUGCGGUAUUUUUUUA